GAACAGUAAUUUCAGGAUUUUCGUUGCGUCUUGGUCGGGGCGGCUUCCUUCGUUCGUUCGUUCGUCAGGAGUCGGUGCCUUGCUCUCAUCAUCAGGAGCAUCCAACAACCAACAGCCAACAUCCGAAUCAUCCUGAUCCACCCAUUUCGGUUUUGUCGUUAGUCGGCCCGAGUUACUGCAAUGGUUAAGGCCUGACAAAGUUUGGGUGAUCAAGCAAUUUUUAACAACACAACCCAAACAAGCGUCUGUGAUCGAUCAGCCUUCAGUCAACAAUUGUUCCCUUAGUGAGAAGUCAAUCAAGUCAUAGUGGAUCAAACGCAUUCAGCUAGAUUGUAACCAUGGCGUCCAAAGUCCUGGUCAUUGGCCUAGCUGUGAGCCUGGCUGGCCAAAUUCAAGCCUUCGGUCCUCCUGCUGAAGCUUCUGGUACCGGUUGUGCACUGAUUGUCUCUGGACCUCCGCGAUCAUCCAGCUUUGAUGGAGCCGCUCAAGCCUUUGGUGCCCCAGGUACUCCCUACAACCCGGCCACCACUUGUAUCACCUACGAGGCGGUGAAUGCAGCUUUUGAAAGCGCCAAGAAUGCCGAAAACUACCGACAAAAGCCCGGCAAGUUCUCUUCCGCUGAUGUGGGUGCUUUGGGCACCGUCAUUCACGAGACCAGCAGAUACCUGGCCAAGCAGUAUGGCUUGUCCAAGGAUGCGGUGGCCAAUGGGCUUCCUCUGAUUGACACCACCAAGACCAAUGUUGAGAAUUACUGCCCGCCCUUCCUCAUGACGCCCAAGUGUAAGGUGGAGCGAUAUCGUACCAUUGAGGGCUUGUGCAACAACUUAAACAUGCCUCAUUGGGGUGCAUCCAUGCACGGGCAUCACAGAUUCUUGCCUCCGGAUUAUGCUGACGGAAUCAGUGCUCCUCGUGUGUCGGUCACAGGCUACCCUCUACCUUCGGCCCGUUUGGUGUCCACUAACGUUCACAUCGGAGAUGAGCCCCAUGAUCAUGCUGUCACUCUCAUUUUGGUCGCUUGGGGUCAGUACAUUGACCACGAUAUCACACUCUCUGCUGAGGUCAAGGAUCCCGUUACCAAGAAGACCCCUCGUUGUUGUGAUGGCAGCACUCAUAAGAAUUGCCUGCCCAUUGAAAUCCCUGAUUAUGAUCCCUUCUACCGCCAAUACAACCAAAAGUGCAUGAAUUUCGUUCGAUCCCACCCUGGUCUUCGAUUUAACUGUCGACUUGGACCUCUGGAGAGCUUCAAUCUGAUCACGUCGUACCUGGAUGCUGGCACCACCUACUCCAACUCUUUGGAAAAACUCCACGAACUCCGAUCUUUUGAAGGUGGCGAGCUUAAGAUGUUGCCCCUCUUUGAAGAGAAGUUCCGAAUGAAGCACUUGCUGCCCUUGAAGUUAGAAGAGCCCGAUGAGGGUUGCAUCCGUCCCAGUGAGGAAGUCUACUGUUUCUUGUCCGGUGAUCCACGCGUCAAUGAGCAAACUGUUUUGGCUAUGCUUCACACCGUCUUUGCUCGCGAGCACAACCGUAUCGCCAAGGAGCUCUCCAAGGUUAAUCCUCAUUGGAGUGACGAGACUCUUUUCCAAGAGGUCAAGCUGAUUAUUGGCGCCAUUCAACAACACAUAACCUUUAACGAAUUCUUGCCCAUGGUUCUGGGCCGAGAGGUUAUGGAGAAACACAACCUAAUGCUCUUGAAAGAUGGAUACAUGGACGGCUAUGACGCCAAUAUCAACCCCUCAGUGGCCACUGGUUUCACCAGCGCUGCUUUCCGAUUUGGACAUUCACUCCUUCCCUCAGAAAUCGAAAGAUGGAGCAAGACUCAUCGUUAUGUCGGUUCCCAACACCUCAGCGGCAUGUUGCUUCAGCCUUACGAUCUUUAUAAGGAAGGUUGGGCUGAUGCCUACCUCAUGGGCAUGACCAAUCAAGUGGCCCAGGCUUUGGACGACUCCAUCACUCCUGAGGUUCAAAACCAUUUGUUCCAAGAGCCCGGCAAGAAGUGGGGACUCGAUUUGGCUGCCCUCAAUAUCCAAAGAGGUCGCGAUCAUGGAAUUCCCUCCUACAACAAGUACCGUGAGUGGUGCAACCUUCCGGUCAUCAAGCGCUUUGACGAUCUCUUGGGAUAUAUGUCCAAUAAGACUGUGGCCGCCUAUGCUCGCACCUAUUCCAGUCCCGAUGACAUUGACUUGUGGUCAGCUGGUAUCUCCGAGAUCUCGUUGCCUGGAUCAAUGGUCGGACCCACUUUUGCCUGCAUCAUUGGCAAGCAGUUCCACAAUUUCAAGUUUGGUGACCGUUUCUGGUUCGAAAAUGGAGGUUGGCCAAGCAGCUUUACCCUCGAGCAACUCAACGAAAUCCGCAAGGUCAAGUUGUCCCGCAUGUUAUGCGACAACGGUGACGACAUCGAUAGUGUCCAGGUUUAUGCCAUGGUCUUGCCCGACCACGAGAUCAACCCCCGCGUGCCCUGCAAGAGUGGCAUCCUCCGCAGCAUCGACUUCUCCAAGUGGAAAGACGCUUCGUACCACGCUCAACCAGGAUUCUUCCAGGGUUAGAAGGUGACCCCAUUGCUCAAGGGUGAUUGAAUCCCUGAUUGGCUUGCUCCAAAAUUGUUAUCGCCACCCAAGUACCCGAAACAGUGUCUCUAGGCUCAGGUUUAGACUCCGCAGUCAACUCUCUCAUUCCUAGAUUGCCUCCCACUUAUUACAAACCCCCUCCGUUCACUUAAUUGUUUCUUCGACAUGACCGGUGUACGUCUACUUGUAUACCACUACGUUAUUUGUGUAAGACUAUUUAUUGUUAUUUUUAAGUCCAUGACGCGGUCACACGACCAUAUAGCCGAUCAUUCUUGCAAAUUAUCAUGAAGAAAGAUAACUGAAUCCUCAAGACUAAAAAACCUUUUCAAAACUAUGAAUCCUUCUCUAACCGUAUUCUAUACAUUCCAUGCCAUGGAAAAAACCACUUCUUCUUGAAAUAAACCGUUGUUUCCUUCA